AUGUACAUUCCAGACGCCGCUAUCCUGGUCCUUACCGCUCUCACCGUCCGUAUCGCCGCUCAAGACGUAGACUACAACGACUUGCCCUCCCAAUGCCAGAGCGUUUGCGCCCCUGUGGUUGAACUGACGCAACGCUGCGACCAGCAACACAGCAGCGACGACGCCGGCCAGCUCAACUGUGUCUGCGCGGCCAACAAUGCAACCGCUGUCAUUCCAGUCUGCGAAGCGUGCUAUGCAAUGUUUGAUCCUGACGGACAUGAUAACGGUAAGCUCGCUUUCGUUUAG